CAUGUUUUCCCCAAAACUCCACAUCCCUGCCAACCUCAGUUUUAAGGUGUAUUUUUACUUAGAGUUGAGAAGCCUUUCAACUUAAAGACACCAGAAUCAGGUGAAUGGAGGACAACCAGCUACCGCAAUGAAAGAUACCGAGCUGCUCAGCCAAGGGAGCCGCGUCCCCAGUAAUGCCAGCGAUGGCCUCGGAAGGAACACCACCCUUAACAACGAGUUCGACACCAUCAUCAUGCCCGUGCUUUACCUCGUUCUAUUCGUGGCGAGCAUCUUGCUGAAUGGUCUAGCAGUGUGGAUCUUCUUCCACAUUAGGAAUAAAACCAGCUUCAUAUUUUAUCUCAAAAACAUAGUGGUUGCUGACCUCAUAAUGACGCUGACUUUUCCAUUUCGAAUAGUCCAUGAUAUAGGAUUGGGACCGUGGUACUUCAAGGCCAUCCUCUGCAGAUACACUUCAGUGUUGUAUUAUGCAAACAUGUAUACUUCCAUCGUGUUUCUUGGACUGAUCAGCAUUGAUCGCUAUCUGAAGGUGGUGAAGCCUUUCGGGGACUCUCGCAUGUACAGCAUAACCUUUACGAAGGUUUUAUCCAUUUGCGUGUGGGUGAUCAUGGCUACUUUGGCCUUGCCAAACAUCAUCCUAACAGACGUUCAACCAACUAAAGAAAAUAUUUAUAACUGCAUGAAACUUAAGAGUCCCUUGGGAGUCCAAUGGCAUAAUGUAGUCAUUUACCUCAAAAGCUGCUUGUUUGUGGCUGUACUGGUGAUCCUGAUCGGAUGUUACAUAGCCAUAUCCAGGUACAUCCACAAGUCCAGCAGGCAGUUCGUCAGCCAGUCAAGCCGGAAGCGGAAGCAUAACCAGAGCAUUAGGGUGGUGGUGGCUGUGUUUUUCACCUGCUUUCUGCCAUACCACUUGUGCAGAAUUCCUUUUACUUUUAGUAACUUAGACAGACAUUUAGAUGAAUACGCACACAAAAUCCUGUAUUACUGCAGAGAAAUGACACUUUUCUUGUCUGCGUGCAAUGUGUGCUUGGACCCAAUAAUUUACUUUUUCAUGUGUAGGUCAUUUUCAAGAAGGUUAUUCAAGAAAUCAAAUAUCAGAACCAGGAGUGAAAGCAUCAGGUCACUGCAAAGUGUCAGAAGAUCAGAAGUCCGUAUAUAUUAUGACUAUACUGAUGUGUAGUUGUUAAAGGCAAGGAGAUCUCCCCUUGCUUGUUGAAGUUGAUAUGUACAAAUUGCAAAUAAAUGUUUCUUUUGAUUAA